UGCUGUUGUUCUCUUUUCCAAGCUACUUUUUUCUCUCGAUGGCCAUCACGUGCAUGCGAUAAGCACCGAUCCAUGUCCACCAGACGAGAGACCUUCCCUUGGUUUGCAGCGUAGCGUAACUGGAUGAGCCAUGUCACCACGCCAUCUUUGUGUCCUGGUUUUCAUUGUACUCUUGGCGGGAGCACAAGGCUUUUCCUUUGGCUGGCAGAAGGACGCGGACUCAGCUGAGGACCCCUUGAUCGAGGAAGAAGAUGAGGAAAUACACACUGAGGACAAGCUAGAAGGGAUGCCUCCAUGGUACUCCAGCAAGGGCUAUCCCUACGACUACGGAAUGGGUGAGGAGAUAGGAAACAUAUUCGGCCCUCACAACGAGGACCUCUUCAAAGACAAAGACUACGUUUUUGAAGAACCCCAGAAGACUUUCGAGGAGAUCUAUGAAGAAGUUUUCAGGUUUCACGACGUUGACAAAGAUGAUGUCCUCACGCCAGAGGAAGUGCGACGGGCGCUGAUCCACUCAAAAGUCGACACUGUGGAUGCCGCGGGAAAUGAUCUAGUGGAGGACGCCCUUGCAUACGACGACAAAGACAAGGAUGGAGCGCUGUCACUCGAGGAGUUCCUGCUUUCGCAGAAGACAAACUUGAGUGGCCUCAGGAGCCUCGGGUCUCUGGAGCUAUGACGCGUC